AGUUCGUUCUACCCGGUUGUGCGCGACAUCGUGUGUGCGUACCACUGAUGGGCGCUCGCGCGCGUAUGUGUGCGUGGUACGUGAAACGGGCCCGCGAGAAGGAAGCAGGCUAGUAUUCUCGUAUGUAACAGCGGCUUGUUGUGUGUGCAACCAUUCGCAGUUGGCACACGGUUUAAGCUGGAUGCGCAACGUUACGUACUGAGGAGGUUAAUUAUUGCAACGAGGCGGCGCGCGCGUGUGCCUCGCUGUUUAGGUGGUUUGUGUCCGGAAAAUGUUUGACAGCUUCCGCACAAAAUACAAAGUCCGUCGGUUUAGUGGGUGCGCCUAUAAUCUUAAGGGUGAAAGUUCCGUAGCAUCCUUGGGAUUGAUUUUACCUUCCCGCGGAGUGCCGUGCCGAGAAGUUGUGUUGUGUUGUGGUCGACGCAUUUGAAAGAAGAGAGAAAAAAAAACCGAAAACCGAAGGAAAACAUUCGCGCGCAAGUGUUAACACCGAUCGGUCACAACAGAUUGGCCAUUGUGCCGUGGUGUAGUUGCUAAUUGUCUAUCCAGCGUUCAUGUACGGUGUGUGUUCGUAGUCACCAACAAUCAACAAUCAGGUGUCACCUAUACCCGGGACUCUACUGCGUGCCCCAGCUCUGAUUGCAGUUGCGUUUCACCGUCCGGAAGUUGUGUCUGGGGGUGUUACCGAGGGUUGUAACGCACGGAUUAGUGGAUCGCGCUUUGAGCGUUACCCCGCGUUACCGCCGACAGUGAUCUCUCCUCGUUCCAAUAAAAACCUUCCCCGGGAAUGUGACUUAACCUCAAAAAAACAAAAAAAAACGGAACCAGUAGAAAUCAAUCAACGAAACACAAAUAUCAAUCCAACAUUCAUAAUACAUAGUAACGCUUAUCUAUCGAGAGACCACCCCGAUCAAAAACCUUCAAUUCGCAACUGUCCUGCUGUCGGGGUGUGGCCACGUGUUGUGUUUAUUGCCGUAGAUAGUCGGUCCAUCAUCAUCAUCAUCAUCAUCGACGGGCUGUGUCCAGGCAGGGAGAGAGAAAAACCCCCAAAAAAGCAUUAUGUUGCCAGAAAUUGAAACACUUGCCGACUCGGUAGAGGACGAACAGGAACCCAUUGCCAAGCGUUCCUACCGUUGGACCGGCUGGUAUGCGUCGUUUUGCCGAUGCAAGGGUAACCGGGUGUCGCAAGAGUCGGAAUCGCUGAGCGUGAAGGUGGGUUGCGAUGUACAGGAGGAGAAACAGUCGGGCGAAACGAAUCGUAUCAAGUCCACGAAAUAUACGCUGCUUACCUUUCUGCCGCUUAAUCUGUUCGAGCAGUUUCGGCGCAUCGCUAAUCUGUACUUCCUGUUCAUGACCGUCAUAUCGAUAGUGAUAGAUAGUCCGGUAUCGCCGAUGACGUCGCUAGUGCCGCUAGUGUUCGUAAUAGCGGUGACAGCCGCAAAGCAAGGGUACGAAAGUUUUCUGCGCUAUCGGGCAGAUAAUAUGGUAAACUUCUCACCGGUGACGGUGAUACGGGCCGGUGAGAUGGUGGACAUCCGGUGUCAGGAUAUACGGCGCGGUGACAUCGUGCUGAUGUCGCGCGAUUGUGAUAUACCGUGCGAUGUGGUGCUGCUGCAGAGUUCCGACGAGCAUGCGCGGUGUUACGUGACUACGGCCAACCUGGAUGGGGAGACGAACCUGAAGACGAUGGCCGCACCGAAGGGUGUACCGGGUGUGCCACCGGAACGGCUGCACACGAUCGGACGGAUCGAGUAUGAGCGACCCCAUACCGAUCUGUACAGCUUCAAUGGACGGAUCGAGCUGGCGGACACAUAUGUGACCGGUGGGGAGCACAGUGUACUACCGCUAGCAGCCGAAAAUCUACUACUGCGUGGCAGUCGCAUACGCAACACCGAGUGGGCAAUCGGUUGUGCCGUGUACACCGGACAACAGACGAAGCUGGCACUGAACAGCCGCAUGACCACGAGCAAGAUGAGCUCCAGUGAGCGGUACGUCAACAAGUAUCUGGUAUUCUUUCUGGUGCUGCUGGUCGUGAUCGUCACCGUGAGCUACUUUCUCAAGCGUUACAACGAUGAGUAUCGGACGGAGCACAACAUCUACCUCGGGGAGAUACUGUCCAACUAUCGCGUGUCACAGUUUCUGCAGGAUUACUUCUCGUUUCUCAUACUGUUCAACUACCUGAUACCGAUCUCGCUGUACGUAACGAUCGAGAUGGCAAAGUUUCUCGGCGGGUUCUAUCUCGAGUGGGAUCCGGACCUGUACGAUGAGGAAACGGACCAACCGUGCAUAGUGAACACGUCGGACAUUAACGAGGAGCUUGGCCAGGUGUCGUUGCUGUUCUCGGACAAAACUGGCACGCUUACGAAGAACAUCAUGAUAUUUCAGCAGUGCUCUAUCAAUGGGCGCAAGUACGAACAGAAAGGUCGUCGCCUGCAAGAAGCCGGCCGUCGGAAUGCACUCAAAAUCAACGAGCUGCCGAGUCCGGUGUAUGAUUUCUUUCAAGCGCUAGCCGUGUGUCACACGGUACAGGUAGCCGGUGACUACACAAAAGAAUCGGAAGAAGAACGAACAAAUGAACCAAUCAAGGAGGAAGGAAAUGAUGUGCUGCUGGAGGAAUCGUUUGUCUCCGGUGACAGUACCGGUAUGGCAGUAGCGUCGGAAUCAAGCCCUAAAGCAUCACCGGUGCACAAUGGUCAACGGAUCACGAGCACGUUGUUGGAUGAGGGUGGUACCCGUGUCGAAGUAACGCCAAAUCCAUCCCGUCCCCAGAGCAUGUACGAGACGCAGGAAACGAGCUUCAUCGUACAGCAGAACCAUUUCGGUAGCAAUGGCAAUCUCCAACUGCCGGAUAUGCUGCCCGAGUUGAAGCGUACGAUAUCGGCGUACGAGGAAAAACCGGCCGCGUUGCCGUUCGGCGAUACGAAGCAGCUCGGCCAUCGGCGCACACAGUCCCACGUACCGCCCGGUGUGAAUCGGCCAAAGAGUUACCAGAUAGCGGUUACCGGUGCGGGGAUACCACCCCGCCCGGUGGUGACAUUGCGCCGUAACCGUGGUUCCUAUCUGUCCCGUUCGAACAGAGAAUCGUACGCAGCACCGGCGUACAACGAAUCUGCUCUCAUACAGCGACAGGAAUCGCAUCUGCGGCAGCGCGAGGUCGACUCAUUCAUUCGCAAAAUGGACUAUCAAGCAUCGAGCCCGGACGAGAAAGCACUGGUGGAGGCGUGCGCACGUAUGGGGCUGGUGUACAUUGGUGACGAUGGUGACCAGAUGCAAAUCCGGCUGCGCCGGUCGUGUGUGCGCGCUAAUGUACGGUCACGGCUCGGCGAGAUACCGGACGAGGAGGUGGUACAGUACGAGCGGUUGGCGGUGCUAGAAUUUACCUCCGAUCGGAAACGGAUGAGCAUCAUCGUCCGUGACACGUACGGUCAGAUCUGGCUGUAUACCAAGGGUGCCGAAAGUCACGUUCUACCGCUGUGUGCCUACUCGCCGCUGAUCGAAACGACCCAGGAACACAUUGAUGAGUUUGCGAAGCUGGGCUUGCGUACGCUUGCGGUUGCCCGGCGCCGACUGUCGGAACAGGAGUACCGCACGUUCAGUGACGAGUUAAUAGAGGCCGGCAGCUCACUGGUUGAUCGGGCGGAACUUGUAGAUGCAUGUCAGAGCCGGAUCGAGAAGAAUUUGGAACUGCUCGGUGCAACCGCGGUAGAGGAUGCGCUGCAGGACGACAUUCAGAGUACGCUGCAGGCACUCGGGCAGGCCGGCAUCCGGGUGUGGGUACUGACCGGUGAUAAGGUCGAGACAGCACUAAACAUUGCCCUCAGCUGUGGUCACAUACCGGACGGUUCGGCACGCUACUUCAUCACCGACUGCCGGGCGCCGGAAAAUUUGCAGCAGCAUUUGGACACGCUUGCGCUGGAAAUGUUCCGCCAGCGUGACGUACCCUUUUCGCUGCUGAUCGACGGUGCCAGUCUGAAGAUCGCACUCGAGCACCAUCGGGAGCAGUUCCGGGAUGUGAGUGAACGGUGCCGUGCGGUACUGUGCUGCCGUUUAAGCCCGCUGCAGAAAAGUGAGGUUGUGCAGCUGAUGAAAACGGCCGAAAGUGCACCGGUGACGGCUGCAAUCGGUGACGGUGCGAAUGAUGUUUCGAUGAUCCAGGAGGCACACGUCGGUCUCGGCAUCGUUGGUCGCGAAGGGCGACAGGCAGCACGGUGUGCGGAUUACGCGUUUGCCAAGUUUUGCAUGCUGAAGAAGCUGUUGCUCGUGCACGGUCAUUACUUUAGUACGCGUCUCGCGGUGCUGGUGCUGUACUUCUUCUACAAAAACCUCGUGUUUAUGGGCAUACAGCUGUACUUCCAGAUACACAGCCUCUUCUCCAACCAGUCGGUGUACGAUUCGGUGUUUCUCACACUGUACAAUGUUGUGUACACCGCCAUCCCGGUGCUGGUGCUAGCGCUUACCGAAAAACCGUACCAAGAGCAGACGCUACUUAAAAUACCUUCGCUUUAUCAGAAGGUAGCCGGAAACAAGCAAUAUGCUUGGAAGUACUUUAUCGGCUGGAUGGUGCUCGGUAUCUAUCACUUUUCGAUCAUCUACUUCUUCACGUACGCCGAAUUUAUCGGAAAUCCGGCCGUAUACUCGUACUGGCCCGCUACGGUUAGCUUUCCCUGCUUCGGUACCAUACUCAUACACAACGUGGUUGUGCUCGUCAAUCUGAAGCUGUUGAUUGAAUCGAUCUACAAAUCAUACAUAUUUAUUGCCACCGUCCUGCUGUCGAUCUUUGCCUUUAUGGGGUCUACCUUCGUGUACAACCUGCUGGACAUCAACUACGACCAAUCCAUGCUGCACGUCUACAACAACUUGCUAUCGUCGUUAACGUUCUGGGCACUCAGCUUUGUGAUACUGAUAGCGGCCUUUCUGCCGGACAUGACGAUGCUAGCGAUACGGGCGAUGGAAAUCAAGCUCGGGCACAUCUUCCCGGGCGGUGCCAAAUACCGUCGUGUGCUGUUCCAGCGGCGAAGCGAUCAGCUACAAUCCACCGAUCUUUAAAACUGGGUGCCUUUCUAUAAAGAAACGAAAACAAAAACAAAAAAACGAUUCGUAACGUAAUGACUGCUUUACCUUUUUUCAUGACCGUUCCGCUAAGGAGACGUAUCCUGUGCGGGACUUGCGGACUCGAUGCCAUAGAUAUCCUCUUCGUAGCAGUGGAAAGGCCAAAUUUUGCCUUUUUUUUUUUGGUUAGCACCAAUGUAUUACUGCUUCUGUUCAGUUCGGUCGUAAGCUUGUUUAGUGUUUUAAAUUAUUUUACCAAAACUUCAGAAACCCUAUUUAUUGUAUAAGUAUAUUUGUGCAACUAGGACGUUAGUAUAUCGUUAAGCAUGUUGACGAUUUUGGUCAAAGCAGCAAAGCAGAAAAAGAAAGACAAUAUUUUAUUGUACAGAUUGUUUUCAGAUGUGAUGGUUAAUUAUUACUACAGUAGCAGUAUGUUGAAGAAGUUGCCACAAGCACCAUACCUGGUCGCAUUUUAGGAUAGUUCCUUGGAAAGAGCAGAAGCGGAGAAAUUAUGCGCUUUAUAACAUACUUGCGUACCAGCAUCGACCAAAACAGUAACGAUAAAACGCAGCAAUGGCCUGUGUACCUAGGUAUUACGAAUCGCAUCUCCGACGGCAAACGGAGAGCUUGCUCGAGUGUUUUUUGGGUAGAGGAAAUUUUAUAGCACAGAAGUGAACAGAGGAGAAAAGACGAGCUUAAUGGAAGUAAAGUAGCGAACUAAGAAGGGCCCUAAUAACGGGUAGAGUUAAGUUAUGCACUAAAAGAGCUAGAAUGUGCGCUUCCCGGGCCCUCCAAUAUGCCUCGCAGCUCCCCGUACCCGAAAAUGUGUUCGGUGGGUUGUUUUCUUACACUUCAGAUCUCUUUUGCGUUCCGCUUUUAGUUUUUUUUUUGCUUUCUUUUGUUUUUUUAAUAUUCGUUGCAGCUAAAUGUGCCAUUUUUUAAAACCACUGGCCAAAGUACAAAAACAAAAACCCACCCCCCAGGAAAACCAUUUGAAUAUGGGUGAACCACCGGUUGAGCUUUUAUUCACUUUCUUCCACCAUCAUCUGGUUCAUCUCUCCGCAGUCAAGCAGUCGGUUUUCGCCACUGCCGUUCGGGGUAUUGCUGCAGACUGCUGCUCUCGGGGGGAAAAAAAAGUUUUUGUAUUCCCUUUUUUAGAGGCCCAUAAAAUAUGUACAUUAAGAGGAUUUUUAUAAGAAUAUACAAGUGAGUGAUUUACGAGCGUGGAUUACUCUUGUACCUUCAGCUGCCUGUUGAUCAAGAGACCAUAAAGUUAACACACACAGACACACAAACCCCCCAAAAAAGUAAGAAAAACAAAAAAAAAAGAAAAUAAACAUUUUGCCAAUAUGAGAAGGAAAAUGUUUGUUUGCCGCAUAGAAUGAAGGACGAAUAUUUGAAAGAAAUUUUCGUUUUGGUUUUGUUUAUUUACAAAACUAAACGAGUUGAGGCAUGAACCAGCGUGUACCGUUGUGGGGAUACGCGUUGUUUUGCAGGGUCAAUGAUGAUAAAGUUUUA